AUGUCUUCUUUACCCAAACGUCCCUUCGCCGACGUCGACGUCUCCGAGUCUGACGACCCAAGCACUUCAACGGCGCCUCCACCAAAGAAACACUACGAGAAAUCGCGCCACAAUAAACGCCCAAAACCUGGCGCCCUUCGCUCCCUCGCAUCAAUACCCACCGCAAAGCUCCUCUACCCACGCAUCUCCGAGCCACAAAUCACUAACGUCCCCUUCCAACAACCCCUCCCCCUCCUCACAUUCUCGUACACACCAGACCGAGUCCUCCACUUCGACAACUCAGCACUCCGAUAUCUCGUCCCACCGCCUCCGGAAGCGGAUUUACAUUAUGGGUUAAAGACGUGGGAGAAGAAGCCGGAUGGGAAGGGCAGGAUAGAUGCGUUGUUGAGGGCUUGGACGAAGGUUAGGAAGGAGGAUGUGUGUGGGAUGAGGAAUGUCGAUGUGGGUGUCGUGUGUUGGCGGGGCGUCAUGACGAAGAUAUUGACGACGCCGUACGAAACCAUGGACAACUGGGAGAUGAACGUCAUGCUCGUCGACGGGACGUUGUAUCUCGAAGAACAUCUAACACCUCAGCGUCUCAAAGUAAAGAACAACCUGGUAGGGAAACAACGCGCCAUGACUUACACAGGCUACGCCUUCGAAUCCUGGUGCACGUCUGAAUCUCCACCUCCCCCGCCUCCUCCGCCCGGUACGGGUACAGGUACAGACGAACCCGUCGCACCCGUCGCGCCGGGAUGGGCAGGCGAACCCGUCGCACCGCCGGGCUGGGGAGGCGACGUGGACACGAACGUGCAGUGGUGCAGCGUCGUGAAGACGAAGUUGGGGAAUACGAGGAUGGUGAUCGGGGGUGAGGUCGAUUGUGUGCGGGGCGAAUACAAGGGCACGAACGACACGAUGGUCGAGCUGAAGACGUCUCAGGUCAUUCGCUGGCCCGACGACCAACGCAAGUUCGAGAAAAAACUCCUAAAAUUCUACUUCCAAUCCUUCCUCCUCGGCGUCCCCGACAUCCUCGUCGGCUUCCGGAGCGACAAAGACAACGGCGCGCUCCAGCUCUUACAGUCCUUCAAGACGUUGGAGAUCCCGAGGAUGGUCAGGGGACAGAGGAAGGCGUGGGAUCCGAGGGUGUGUCUUGGGUGGGGGGAGGAGGUGUUGGGGUGGAUUAGG